GCCGCGCGCCAGCUGCAGGCCGCGGAGCAGCGCGCCCAGCGGGCCGAGCGGGAGCUGGCCGCGGCGCUGUCGAGGGCCUCGGCCCUGGAGGCCGAGGGCCGGGCGCUGCGGCGGGCCCUCGCCGAGCGCGAGGCCCUGAUCGGAGGGAUGGUGGAGCGGCUGGACGCGGCCAACGCCCAGCUCGCGGCGAGGCCUGGGGAAGACCGCGCGCGAGAGGCAGCCGCCGCUGCCGCGCGGCGGGGCGAGGAGGCGGCCUGGGACGAGGGCGAGGAGCAGCAGGGCACCAUCGCCCAGCUGCUUGCCCGCAUCGCCGAGCUGGAGGCGGGCGCUGCGCGGCGCUCGGCCGAGGCCGGCGCGGCCGCGGCCGAGGCGGGCGCGGCCGAGGGCGCGGCCGAGGCGGGCGCGCGGCCGCGGCCGGCGCCCGGCGCGGCGGCCGCGGCGGCGCCGCUGGCGGCCGAGGCCGCGGCGGCGCCGCGGGUGGCCGAGGUGGCGGCCGAGGGCGCGCGGCGGGCGGAGUCGCGGGAGACCGAGGCGCCUCCGGGCGGGGCGGCCGGGGAGCGGCCGCCGGCCGGGGCCGAGGACCCUCGGGAGGCGCCGGCGGCGGCCGGGGCUGCCGAGCCGCCCCCGGAGGAGGCCGGCGCCGAGGAGAAGUCCACGGAGUAG